GAGCAAAAAAUUAAAACAUUCUCAAGGUCAGAUGUGUUCAUAAACAUAAAUGCGAAUUGUCUUUCGAUUCUUUCACUCCUAAACCCAUUAUUAAAAUAUUUUGUGAUUGUGAAAUGUGCUUAGGGAUGACGUGGUCUACAUGGGGAGGAGUCGCUUACAAUACAUUCCUUUUGUACAAGCGUUGUCCUGAGCUUCGGAGCUUAAACCGGAAGCGAGCUAUAAAUAACAUUAGCGGGAAAACCCAGAACAUUUUCCAACUUUCGUUACUGAUUUUGUCUUCACGAAAACCCAACAUUUAGAAACUAACUUUUCCGACCUCGAUACACGUGGCAUCUGACAUAUUUUGAUUUUGCAAACAUGAGUCAUCGAGGCGGUGCCCGAGGGGGUCCUCCUGGACCGAACCCAGUUGAGUUCAACUUUGUGUCCACAGAUCAGGACUGCUCUGGGAUACAGAUAGGCGAUGGUAACACGGUGAACGUGAUGAACGUACCGGGCGGAAUGCAGACAAGAAGUCAAGCUCGGGCAGCAGCAGGGGCACCCAAAGUGAAAGUGAAGACACCAAAACGACCUCUGUCCAAGUCUGAAAAUGAGCCCACGAGUGAGCAGAUGGAGAAUGUGUGCAAAAAACUGGCUAAGUACAAAGACACGGCAUGGAAGGACCUAGGGACCCAGCUAGGCCUGACCACUUGGGAACUGGAGACGAUCCACCAUGACCACCACAUAGAAGGGGACCGCGAGCUGAGCUACCAGACCCUAUUGGUGUGGAAAAGACGCCAGCCCACCCCUCCACAAGUCAAGGUUUUAGCUAAAGCACUCUGUGAUAUUGGUAGAGGAGACCUCUCUGACACUUUGACAUAAUCAGGAUUUGUAUCUGGAUAAGCAAAUGUUUAUUCAUUUUUUUAAUGUUUAUCCUACGUCGAAAGUCCAUUGAUAGGUGUGUAAUUUUCCAAGUGGGAUGGAAAUGGGGCUUUGCCAUCUUCACAAUGAAUUUUGUCGCUUUCAAAAGGAUUAAUCUAUUAUACAACACUGUACUUAAUUUAAAUUUCAUAACUUACAUUUGCAAAAACACAAAUGACCAGCAACUGAGUUUUGUUUAAAUUUCAUAACCCCAAGGGUUGCGUUGUACAUCGUGAUCUUAACGCUAAGGUUAUCGUAACUCUCAUACCUCCCAUACGUAGCGCUAAGGUGAUCGUAACUCCCUACCUUCCAUUACAUAGUGCUAAGGUGAUCAUAACUCCCAUUCAAAGCACUAAGAUGAUCAUAACUUUACCAAGUUUUCCUAUAAUAAUUAGAUCCACAUCAAGUGCUUUUAUGAGUUAUCAUGGUGUAAUAUUAAUACAUCAUGAUAGCUCAUAAGAGCACUUCUAAUUAUUAUAGGAAAACUUAGUAUAAAUGUCAUAUCAUGAUAACUCCCUUACCUCCCACACAUAGCGCUAAGGUGAUCAUAACUCCCUACCUCCCAUACGUAGUGCUAAGGUGAUUGUGAGUCGGAUACUUUCCAUAGGUAGUGCUAAGGUGAUCGUAACUCCCAUACGCAGUGCUAAGGUGAUCAUAAGUCAUCCAUCACUUGGAGCAGAUGAUGUAGACUUACAUUCGUCGUUCCAUCUUCCAUCCAUCCAACUUCAAAUGCGAUAAGUUUUCUCUGAAACCACUAUGGAUUCAAUGAUGACAGUUUCAUACAUCAUACACUCUAGAUGACAUAUUGAAUUCAUCAUUAAGUGAUGAAUAUGUUGUCAUGUUUGAAAACCGCCAUCAAGAAUUAGUGUUUAGCACCCUUUUGUUUGCUUUUGCUCAAAUGAGGUAACGGUGCGUUUCAAGAACAUAACAUAUAAACCGUUUCAUAUAUCUUCAUGAGACUCUGUUUACACAUCCGGCAUUUGCUGAACUAGUGACUUUGAUGUUCUGGAAUUUUUUUUUAAGUUUCAAAGUUCAAAUUGGGGUCCCUUUUUGUGGUGUAAAACAUUUCAUUAUUUCUCCAUGAAACUUUGCAAUGUAUUAUACUAGGUAGGACUGGUGCCUAUUUUCACAGAAAUUGAAACUAUUAAAUACAAUUGUGAACAUGCAAAGAUGGUGGCGGAUAUGAAUGACUUUGUCUUCUUGUUGUCCUCGAUUUGUCAACAUUUAGGCUUGUGUAGCGGCCAUAAACUUUCUGAGUCUGUGAUGGGAUCGGACCAUCUGAUCCAAGGUCGGACGCCUUGUCCGCAUGACCAAAGGGUUUAACCCCAUCAGCAGGCUGACAAGAUAAGGAUGUCAUCUGUGAGAUGACUCUAUGCCCUGCUACAUACUCCCACGUCAACAGAAGGUACUGAGGCUUAUUUUGCUCAAAUGUAAUAUUAACUUGCUCAGACCCACGUUGGGCGCCAAUGUAGCGGCCACAAAAUUUUCGAGUCCCAAGGAUUUGAAACACGGACCUUCUGAUCUGAGGUUGGACGCUUUGUCCACAUGAAAUAGAUGUUAACCCCUUCAGCAUGCUGACAAGGUGCGGAUGUCAUCUGUGGGAUGACUCCAUGCCCUGCUACACUUCUAUAGCAUCCUCCAACUCCCCGAACCCUCUAACUUUUGGCCAUCAGCAGCUUGUUGCAGACUUGGCUCAGGUCUGUGAUCUCAUGAAGAUGAACUGGUAAGUAUCCAGUGGCAACAUUACACUGUUUGCUUUUUGUGUUGUGAGUACGAGUUAUUGGUUUCCCAUUGUUUGAAUCCCCAGGGACCAUAUCCGUAUAGGGUCUCCGGAAUCCCUAAUGCUUACAGAUGGUCAACUGUGGUCAGUUUCGCAUAAUCAUUGUAAAGAUCUAAUAGAUUUAUCAUCCAUAAAAACCCAUUCCAAGUGUUCUGUCUAUUUUCCAAAAAUAACAGAAACAUGAAGAUCAUCAUAAUUUUUGUAAAAUUCAUUGAUAUCAGCCUGUGAUAGUGUUUGAGUCCCUAUUUGUUUGCUUGGGUCAUUAAAUGACAGCUGGCAAAUUAGUUCUGUAUGUAUUUGUAACUCACAUGGAUUUGUAGAGGUUGAACAUAACCUUGCUUGAAAAGGUUUGUCAGUGUUCCCGUUUAGGUUAAGACCAGUAAUUCAUGUGACUGUCAGUCCCUGUGGAAUCGUUGUUGCUGAACAAAAUAUCGGUGAUAUUCAUAAAGUACAUUUUUCUAACAAAUUCAGCUUGUCUGUUACCAUCAGGGUUUCCCCUUGUCUAUUUCUAGGUUAAAUAUCCAUUUGUAGCGACUUCGUCUUAAAAUAUGAUAAAAAAAAGAAGAGAAAUUUGUGACUGAAGUUUGUGUGA